GUUAAGUCAAAUCACGUGACUACCCAUCCCGUGUUUACAACGUGAGUGAUCAUGGCCGGGCAGCUGAAGUUUAGUCAUCCAGACUCCUUUUUUCCCCGCCACCACAGGAGCGUCUGAAGGACGCUGUAAAGAUCCUGGGAUGUGGCAGCACCUUAUUCCUGGGAUACCUGACCGCAACCGGGGACGAGCGCUUCUACGCUACCACCCUCAUGCCCGUGCUGCAAAGACUUGUGGGAGCAGAAACAGCUCACGUCAUGGCUGUGCGGUUACUCAGCCUGGGCCUGGUGCCCAGAAGUCGCUACCAGGAUCCUGCAUCACUGGAGGUAAAUGUGAUGGGACGGAGGUUCGGGAAUCCUGUUGGGAUCGCAGCAGGCUUUGAUAAGCACGGUGAGGCGGUGGAUGCUCUGUAUCGGUUGGGCUUCGGCUUUGUCGAGGUGGGCACGGUCACACCGAAACCACAGGAGGGAAAUCCAAAACCCCGCGUGUUCAGACUCGAGGCUGACCAGGCGGUUAUUAACAGAUACGGCUUCAACAGCUGUGGCGUUCUAGCUGUUCAGGAGAGAUUAAAAGCCAGACAAGGAAUUCAGUCUGAGCUCACUAAAGCAGGCAAGCCACUGGGCAUCAACCUGGGGAAGAACAAGCUGUCCACAGACGCUGUGGCUGAUUAUCUGGAGGGAGUGAGGACGCUUGGUCCCCUCGCUGACUACCUGGUAGUGAACGUGAGCAGCCCGAAUACUCCGGGCCUCAGGGACCUGCAGGGGAAGAAAGAACUGCGCCAUCUACUGGACAAGGUACUGAAAGCGAGAGACACUCUGCAAGGAGCGACUCGGCCGCCAGUAAUGGUUAAGAUUGCUCCGGAUCUCUCCCAGCAGGACAAGCAGGACAUUGCAGAGGUCAUCACAGAGCUUGGUGUGGACGGUUUAAUCGUCUCCAACACCACAGUGUCCAGGCCUGAGACCCUGCAGGACCACAACAGGAACGAGGCGGGGGGUCUGAGCGGGCAGCCGCUUAAAGAACGGUCCACUCGUACAGUACGGGAGAUGUACACCUUAACGAAAGGGAAGGUGCCCAUAGUCGGUGUAGGUGGAGUGGCUAGCGGACAGGACGCCCUGGAUAAGAUCCGUGCCGGAGCAUCUCUGGUUCAGCUCUACACAGCGCUGGUGUAUCAGGGUCCUCCGGUCGUAACCAAGAUCAAAAGAGAACUGCACGAGCUCUUAACGGAACAGGGAUUCAGUAGUGUAUCAGAAGCAGUAGGUGCUGAUCACAGGACGUCUGAUGGCAUGACAUCAUCACACACCGAAGGAGCGACAGUGAAUUAGGCUCUAAAGCAUAGCUCAUACGUAACUCGCCAGCUCAAUGGAGUGUCUCAGACUGGUGUUCGGUGGCGGAGUCGGGUUUCCACUGUCAGAUUUUCUCCUUUUUCUGAUCGGAUUUGUGGCAUCAGACCACCGACGCAUGAAUCUGAGCUGAAAUGUUAUGAAUGUGGGCCAGCAUGGAAUUGAAAGGGUCUGGGUAUAUGAGGUGACGUGAUGAAACUCAAUUCAAGUGCCAGCAGUGCGACCCAAGAUGGAGUGCAAACUGUUUUGUGACUGACUUAAAAACAAAAACAAAACAUACUUUUACCAGAGGACUUAUUCCUGAAGCAUAAACAAGCUGGACAUGGACAACUUUUGUAAAGGUUUUGUGAUGUGCCCUGUCAGAUUUUUAGAAUGUUAUAAUAAUAAAUAUCAUUUGAACA